AUGAAGGGUCUGAGCAGCCGAGCGCAUCACCAGCUGGUCUCCUACGAUCCCUCCUACGACCACAUGGGGCAUCACAUGGACCGCAAACCCUUCCUCAUCAGCCAAAUGGACAUGCCGGUGCCCAUCCAAAUCCCCAACCCCUCCGAGAUGUCCUACUACAACCCGCAGCAUGCAGGAUAUCCUUCGGACAGCAACAGCAUCGUCCCCUACGGCACUUUUCCACGCCGCUGCCACUCUACCUCCUCAUCUCACCACGCGGACAGCAAGGACGAAAGCAUGGCGGUGGUUCCUUAUGUCGGAGGAGGGGGAGGAGGAGGAGGAGGGGGGGGCAGCGGUUACGGAGGGAAGACCCCAACCCGUGUCCCGGCUAACUAUGAAUUCGAGCGGCAACCGUCGUUUUCGAGAGACGGAUACCACACGCUGCAGUACAAAAGAGGCAUGGUGGCACAUUCCGGCGGAGCGAUGCCACCCAAUAACAACAAUAACGAUAGUCCAGGGAGGAUAAGACAUCUGGUGCAUUCUGUUCAAAAACUCUUCACGAAAUCACACUCAUUAGAAGGCCCGCACCACACGCCGUCCGUAAAGGGGCCUAGCAACGGUAGUGUUAGCGUCAUGGGCGGGGACAGAGUGGGCGGAGACAGAGGGGGCGGGGCCAGAGCGAGUCCGGAUGGCGAAUCGAACCCAGGCGGAGGAGGAGGAGGAGCGGGAGGUCGCCAUCGGAAACGCAGCAAAAGCAGAGAGCGAUGUCGAUCUGCCGAACCAAAACACCGCGCGCAUUACCACCAUCACCAGCUACACGGGUCCGCCUCCGCCCCCGGGUCUGGCUAUUGGAGCUCGGAUGAUAACUUAGAACGAGAGCUGUGCCUGUACCACCCGCAUCACCAACAACAACCUCCGCCUUCGCCUACGCCAUCCAUCUCACCAUCUCCUAUCGCCAUGACGAUCAGCCGCUACCCGGGACAACCGCCUCCGCCCGACCCCGGCUACCCGCACUCCCCGCUAACGGCGUCACAGUCCCAGCAGUACUUUAGCAUGAUGGACCCGUACAACACGCUAAACGAGCACACGCCGCUAACCCACUCGCACUCGCACCACGGGCACCACUCCUCGUCGCACGCGCAUCACCACGGACACCAUCACCACGGACAUCACCACGGUCACCCCGGGCACCAGCCGCUCAAAGUGUCGCGGAGUAACGACGUCAUCAGCAAAGCCAGAGACGUCUUCUCCAACCAGCACAUGAGAGCCCAGAGCCCAGCAGCCGGUAACCUAAACCUAGAUAGAGCGCUAGUGAAAGCUCAGGCCAGUCAGCAGCAGCAUUUCUUACAGGUGCCUCAGGAUGACUGGGGGGGUUUCUGUCCGCUGGUGAAAGAGGAUGAUAUUCCGUGCCGAAGGAUGCGCAGUGGGAGUUACGUUAAAGCCAUGGCGGAGGACGACAGCGGAGACUCGGAUGGCAGCCCCAAACCUUCCCCCAAAGUCCAGGCGCGAAGAGCCAGUUACCUGAAGGCAACACAGCCCUCCCUCACCGAGAUGACCACGCUACAGAUCUCCACAGAGCACUCCCCCAAGCUGCAGAUCCGGAGCCACAGUUACCUCCGCGCGGUGAGUGAAGUGUCCAUCAACCGCAGCCUGGACACGCUGGACCCCAAAGCCCUUCUCGACCCCAAGUGUCUGCUGUCGUCCCCCCAGUAUCGCUCCAGGAACGAGAGCUACAUGAGGGCCAUGAGCACCAUCAGCCAGCUGAGCGAGGUGGAGGUGAACGGGCAGAUCGAGCAGGUUUGCGAGCAGGUCUACAGCGAGCUCCAGUCUCAAGCCAUGGACCGGGGGGGCAUGGACAGCCUGGAGCCCAUGGACACGCUGCCGAUGCCCGGGUGCUUCAGGAUGAGGAGUCCCAGUUACGUGAGGGCGAUCGACCAGGGCUGUGCCAGUGAACAUGAGGGCGAAGGGGGAAGACCUCUGCUGCUGCUGCCUUCCUCUCCGCCGAGGACCACCGCUACCACCGUGAGGACCAUCCAGAGCAGCACAGUGUCAUCCUGUAUCACUACCUACAAGAAGACUCCGCCCCCUGUGCCCCCUCGAACCUCCACAUGCUCCACCUCCAAACCUUUCAUCUCCAUCACGGCGCAGAGCAGCACCGAGUCAGCCCAGGACGCGUACAUGGAGGAGGAGGGGCCCCGCGGAGACAUGACCAUCCAAUCAGGACUCUCCAACUCCACCGAGAGCAUUGACAGCAUGAAGGCCCUUACCGCCGCCAUAGAGGCCGCCAACGCUCAGGUGCAUGGUCCGGCCAGUCAACACGUCAACAACCACACCCCUCUGAAGACCCACGGCCCUGCGGUCAUCAGCAGAGGAUCCAUGGUGGACGAGCCGGACGACUAUAGGAAGGAUGCUCUGAGGAAGGGGAAGUGUCUCUCCAUUGGCAUACAGGUGGAUGGGCCAGAUGACAUCCCGGACCCAGACGAUCCGUCCAAGUUCACCUCUGUGGGGGUGCAGGUGGAGGACGACCGAGGGUACCGCCGGUUCCAGCGCUCCAACAGUGUGACCGCAGCAGUGCAGGCUGACCUGGACAUAGCAGACCUCCUGGACACUCCCCUGACCUCAGACACAGAUCUGGAGGUUCUUUCCUCUGGUCCGGUCUCCAGACAGUUCUCCCGAGAAUCCAGAGACGCUCCUCCCUCCACCUCCACCGUCAGCAUCCAGGGCUCAGGGAACCACUACCACGCCUGUGCCUCCGACGAGUACGACGAGGUGGGCUUUGACCCGUCCAUCCUGCCCCCUCCAGACCCCUGGAUCGACAGUGUGUCUGAGGAUACGCUGGAGGCGGUGCAGAGGUCGGUGUGUCAGAGAGAUGGGCGUUGGUUCCUGAAGUUGCUCCAGGCUGAGACUGAGCGCAUGGAGGGCUGGUGCAGACAGAUCGAACAGGACCAGAGAGAGAAUGCCCUACCUGAAGACAUCCUGGGUAAGAUGCGCAGUGCGGUGGGCAGUGCUCAGCUCCUCAUGUCUCAGAAGUUCCAACAGUUCAGGGAGCUCUGUGAGGAGAACCUGAACCACAGCGUUCACCCGCGCCCCGUGGCCUCAGACCUGGCCGGGUUCUGGGACAUGCUGCAGCUCUCUAUCGAGAACAUCAGCCUGAAGUUUGACGAGCUCCACCAGCUCCGAGCCAACAACUGGAGACCUCUGGAGGUUCCCGACAGGAAGGAGAGACGCCUCCCCCCUCCCGUGCCCAAAAAGCCGGGUAAAGGCCCCACUCACCCGCCUCUGGCCCGGGACCGCUCCCUGGAGAGCUCGGACAAGACCCGGCACGACGCUCGCAAGCGCCUCCUAGCUGCCAAACGCGCCGCUUCGGUCCGACAGAACUCCGCCACUGAGAGCGCGGACAGCAUCGAGAUCUACAUCCCCGAGGCGCAGACCAGACUGUAGGGGGCGCUCACACUCCUCACACUGUAACAUACACAGCCACAGUCCAGCUAG